AUGACCUCGCUAAAAAAGCCUGGUCUCAGGAAUGUCACGGCUGAGGGCCCACAAGACGUUCCACUCGAUAUACAACGGCUUUCUGAGUUACUACGUGAAAUAGUCACGACCGCUAGAUGUAGCAAGUUACACUAUCCACAAAAACCAGAAGUACUGUAUUCUGACAAGGAGCUUUCCUUCAAUGAAAUACUCCUUAUUUUGGAAGACUUGAAACCUCAUUGCGAACGCGAUUUCGAUGUGGUUUAUCUUCCUAAUAAGAGACCCAUCCAAGGUCGAUGCCUAGCUAGAGAUUGCCACGAAGGUAUUAAACGUCUGAAAAAAUCCGACAGAAGCGCACACAUUCGUGUGUCCGACGUAAGAUUGCUUUGGAUCUUCGAAUCCCAGAGUCAAAUUAGUAGCGAGAUCAUUGCUCGUCUUACCUCUGAUAACUUAGCACUACAAGGUGGUCGUAUACGCUACACGGUGAUCCGCCCCGGCUACUACCCCUUUUGCUUGUGGAACAAGGAUGCUACCGCAGAAGACCGAUUAGAUUAUUUGCUGAACAGUAGAAAUUUGAAGCAGCACAUUGAAGAAUAG